AUGGCUGAUCCUUCUUCUCCUCCCAUUAGGGAUUCAAUCUCACAAGAGGAAUUCAACAUGUUCCACACCAUAGACCGUACCCUCUUCACUCGCUUGGUUUUCAACCUUGGCCGUGACCCUGCCGAGGCCACCCAAGUCAUGGCACUUUGGCUUUGGCUCGAGAAAGUUGGUGAAGAAAUCGACAUGGUGUACUCCAAAAUAUUGUCCUUGCCAGACACUAUACUCAACGCACUAGUCGAUGAGUCUGUCAUGGCCUUGACUUGCAUUGAGAGUGACCAGUUUCGUUUCUCUUCUGAUAGUACCUCUGACAUGAUCCCUUUGAUUCAAAGCCUAACAAAAACUGGGGUCUCCCUCCGUUUCUUCCACGACAAUCGUAUUGGCAUUAUUCGUGGUGUCACUAAGAUUAUCAAUGAGGUUUGCGUGAGAGCCUUCGACGACAUAGUGAAACUUGCACAAGCAAACAAGAGUGCCCAGGAAAGCACUGGCAUUGGGUUUGAGUUUGCCAAGCCGGGGAACUAUCAUAGUGCAAUUCUGAACCCCUUGUCUUCUGCUUUGUAUUACAACUCUUCUGGGGUUGUUGGGGUUCAAUCUCCUAACGUUGGGGUUUCACAGUUUUUGGAUUUGGCUCCUCACGUGCCGGUGAGUGGAGGAGGGCUGCCUUUGGAGGUUUCUCGCGGUUUUGAUCCUUAUGAUCUUUCGUUUCAGAGACAGAUUUUGAACAAUGAAAUUGGUGAGGUUUUGAGUCGCAUAAAGUCGAGUAGCCCUAGUGAUGAGGAAGCGAAAGAAGUCCCUCCAGAUGAGAGAACUAUUUUCUUGACUUUCUCUAAAGGGUACCCCAUUACAGAGAAUGAAGUUCGAGAGUUCUUCACUAGGAAAUUUGGAGAUUUCAUUGAAGACAUUUUCAUGCAAGAGGUUCUACCAGAGGAGCAACCACUUUAUGCACGUCUUGUUGUUCCUGUAGCUUCCUUCAUUGAAGUGGUCCUUGACCAUAAGAACAAAGCGAAAUUCUCCAUCAAUGGGAAGCAUGUUUGGGCUCGGAAAUAUGUGCGUAAGAACAAGUCUCCAGCAAAGUCAUCUCCAUCAGCGUCCCAACCUACUUCACCAGCGGCAGCAGAACAAUCUUAA